UUGAUCACAUGUCUAGGUUUUUUACUUACGUGUUACAUCAUAUUUUAGUAAGUGAUAAUUUGAAAUAAUAAAUAAAGGCAUUUAAAUAAUGUCGACAAUUUUUGAUGCUGGUAAUUCGGAUGGACCUGGUUUUGUUGGCAUUCGAUUCUGCCAAGAGUGCAACAACAUGUUGUACCCGAAGGAAGAUAAGGAGAAUAAAAUCCUGUUGUAUGCAUGCCGGAAUUGUGAUUACAAACAAGAAGCGGAUUCCAAUUGCAUAUAUGUGAACAAAAUUAUGCACGAAAUCGAUUCGCAACUCAAAUAUUCGCCGUUAAGCUCCUGUCUCAAAGAUUUUAGGCAUGAAAACGAACGUAUUGCUGCAUACGUCAAAGAUGGAAUCGUACCUUUUCCACAUUAUGUUUUGCGAAAUGACAAAGGAAACUACAAAAAAAUAUAUAAUUCAAUGACAGCAGCAUUGAAAGGUUCCGGGCUUCUUCCACUGUCAGAUAGACAAACUUAAACUGUGAAAAGGUGGUUCUAUCGAAAGUCUCAUUGAAGCUACACUAAGAUAGUCUUACGAAAAUACUACAUUUGAUAAUGUGAGUUUUGAUGAAACUUAUCGAUUUUUUAAGGAACCAAUACUAAAGAAAGGGAAAGCCAAAGACAUAUUCAUAACAUUUUACCACCCUUAGCUGGCGACUGUUGAAAAGAUUAAUGUCCGGCUUUGAGCAUAACUAUUAAGCAUUCCAUUGGUGGGUGUAGAUUUAACUACCCCGACAACCAUAGUUACUGCAAAUGCCUAAAAAAGAUAAACUCUCCACUCUUUAUUAAUUCGGAAAACUUGCGUUUUCUCAUUGUACUGGAAGAGUUGUUUCCUCAAAUCGUUUCAGUUGCUGCUUGGCCAAUUUUACGUAUGACAAACAAACAUUAGAUUCAACCACACGUAGACGCUGUGUAUGCCGGAAAUUAAUUAGCGUGCAUGUAAAUGAAGAUUAGAACGAAAGGGUACAUGUACGACAGCAUCUAUCAAGAGGAAAGGUAACGAUUAAUGUGGUUACGAGACGUUAAACUAAAAAAAAAAUGCGCACAGUAACGCGCCACCUGAUUCCAAUAUUCAAUAACACGGGCUUCGACUACGCCACCAUUUAGAACUAAGUAAUUACAAAUUUAUUUCAUUAAAGGAAAAUGGCACAGGAAUUGUAGAAAAAGUGAAACGGUAAAUCUCGUGCUAACAUAGAUUCCAUAGCUACAUAAAGGUGAAAUUUAAGGAAAGUGGUGGAAGACAGGAAUGUUAAGGCUACGUAGAAAAACCCUCAAG